AAAAAGGCAGGAGGCGCAGCUCGGCCCUGCGUCAGAGCCAGACUUGGAGAGUCGGAACUUGCCGGCACAGUCACCGCCAGGUCGGGGCGCCGGCGCGGGGACAGGGGCGCGGGCACACCCUCCGAGCCCCACCGCCGCCACCCCGCUUGGGUGCCCGGGCGGCGUCCGGCCGCCCCGCGCACACACGCCCCCAAAGACAUUUCCGCGGGGCGCGCGGCGCUGAGCCCGGGCCGGCGCGCGUCCGCGGGGAGAGGUCUGCCUCCGGGACACCCGGCCGGGGCGGCGGUGCCCGCCCCGCUCCUCCCGCCGUGCCCGCUCCUCCUCCUGCUCCCCGCCGCGUGGAUGCCAAGUACCAGUUUUCCAGUCCCUUCCAAGUUUCCGCUCGGCCCUCCGGCUGCAGUCUGCGGGAGCGGAGAAACUUUGGGGCCCGCGCCGCCCGCCCGCGGCACCAUGAAGUCUGCGGAGGAAGAGCACUGUGGCUAUGUGCCCAACGUCGCUUCCGGGCUGCCUCUCAGCACCGCACACCCCUCACUGGUGGCUCCAUGCCACGACCUGCAGUCCUCGGCCCCAGGCAUCUCUGCUAUGGCAGCAGCCAGUCACCCCCCUGGGUACGGAGGGGCUGUGGACGGCGGCUACUUCCUCCCAUCUGGCCACAGCAGGCCCAGCGGAGCACCCGCCCUGGAGAGCCCCCGCAUUGAGAUCACCUCGUACCUGGGGCUGCAGCACAGCCCUGGCCCCUUCCUGCACGACGUGGACGUGGAGGACGCUCUGCCCAGCUCUAGGCGGCCCCCGUCCACUGCCACCUUGACGCUGCCCCCCUUGGAGGCCUACCGCGACCCCUCGUGCCUGAGCCCGGCCAGCAGCCUGUCCUCGCGCAGCUGCAACUCCGAAGCCUCGUCCUACGAGUCCGGCUUCUCCUACCCAUACGCGUCCCCGCAGACCUCCCCGUGGCAGUCCCCCUGUGUGUCCCCCAGGACCACAGACCCAGAGGAGGGCUUUCCCCGGGGCCUGGGCGCCUGCAGCCUGCUCGGCUCCCCGAGGCACUCACCCUCCACGUCGCCCCGAACCAGCAUCACGGAGGAGAGCUGGCUGGGGGCCCGCACCUCCCGGCCCUCAUCCCCCUGCAACAAGAGGAAGCAUGGCCUCAAUGGCCGGCAGCCGCCCGGCUCCCCCCACCCCUCGCCCACGCCGUCCCCUCACGGCUCACCACGGGUCAGCGUCACUGACGACACCUGGCUGGGUAACACCACACAGUACACCAGCUCAGCUAUCGUGGCCGCCAUCAACGCGCUGAGCACGGACAGCAGCCUGGAGCUGGGCGACGGCGUCCCCGUCAAGGCCCGCAAGACCGCCCUGGACCACUCGCCCUCGGUGGCCCUCAAGGUGGAGCCGACCAGCGAGGACCUGGGGGCCACGCCACCCUCGCCUGACUUCCUGCCCGAGGAGUUCCCGUCCUUCCAGCAGGUCCGCAAGGGCACCUUCUGCGACCAGUACCUGUCGGUGCCCCAGCACCCGUACCAGUGGGCCAGGCCCAGGUCCCCGACGUCCUAUGCCAGCCCCUCGCUGCCGGCCCUCGACUGGCAGCUGCCGUCGCACUCGGGACCCUACGAGCUGAGGAUCGAAGUGCAGCCCAAGUCCCACCACAGAGCCCACUACGAGACAGAGGGAAGCCGCGGGGCUGUGAAGGCGUCAGCCGGAGGACACCCCAGCGUGCAGCUGCAUGGCUACUUGGAGACCGAGCCGCUCACGCUGCAGCUGUUCAUCGGGACAGCGGACGACCGCCUGCUGAGACCUCACGCCUUCUACCAGGUCCACCGGAUCACGGGGAAGACUGUGUCCACCACCAGUCACGAAGCCAUCCUGUCCAACACCAAAGUCCUGGAAAUUCCACUCCUGCCGGAAAAUAACAUGCGAGCAAUCAUCGACUGCGCCGGUAUCCUGAAGCUACGGAACUCGGACAUCGAGCUGCGCAAGGGGGAGACGGACAUCGGGAGGAAGAACACGCGUGUGCGGCUGGUGUUCAGGGUGCACAUCCCGCAGCCCGGCGGCCGCGUGCUGUCGCUCCAGGCGGCCUCGAACCCCAUCGAGUGCUCCCAGCGGUCAGCCCAGGAACUGCCCCUCGUGGAGAAGCAGAGUGCGGCCAGCUGCCCUGUCCUCGGCGGGAAGAAGAUGGUCCUGUCUGGCCACAACUUCCUGCAGGACUCCAAGGUCAUUUUUGUGGAGAAAGCGCCAGACGGUCACCACAUCUGGGAGAUGGAGGCAAAAACCGACCGUGACCUGUGCAAGCCAAACUCACUGGUGGUGGAGAUCCCGCCUUUUCGCAACCAGAGAAUAACCAGCCCCGUCCAAGUCAGUUUCUACGUCUGCAACGGGAAGAGGAAGAGAAGCCAGUACCAGCACUUCACCUACCUUCCUGCCAACGUUCCAAUCAUAAAGACGGAGCCCACAGAUGAGUUCGAACCUGCCCUGACCUGUGGACCGGCCAGCCAGGGCCUCAGCCCACUCGCGAAGCCGCGCUACAGCCAGCAGCUGGCCGUGCCGCCCGCCCCGGGCUCCUGCCUGGUGGCCGGCUUCCCGCCCUGUCCACAGAGAAGCACCAUGAUGUCCCCACUGCCCUGUGCCAGCCCGGAGCUCCACGACCUCUCCUCUGCUGCCUACAGCAAGGACCUGGCCAGCCCAGGCUGUGGCCACCUCGGACUUCAGCGGCCAACCGGAGGGAUCCUCACAGCUCAGGAGACGCCGAGACCUGUGGGCGUGCACCCCGGCUCCCCCCAGCAGCCGCCGCCUGCCCUUCUGCAGCCACAGGUGAGUCCCCAGCCGAGCAGCAGUGUGGGCCGCCGGCCGGCGCUCUCUCCCGACAGCCCCCCUCCAACACCACCUGGCGCCCAGGAGCCGACCUGCUCGCAGUCUUGCAGCCCGGCCCGUCCGUCCGUGCUGGGCCGCCCGCAGCAGCAAGUGCCGGAGGUCCCGAGGAGCGAGUCUGCAGCCGCCCGGCCACUGCCGCUGCCCGAGGUGCGUGAGGACAGUACUCAUAGCCUGGCCCCCAUGCCCGUAACGGUCAAGCGAGAGCCUCAAGACUUGGACCAGCUGUACCUGGAUGACGGUAACAGUCAAGAGUAGGAAGAAUGACACCACAGCUUCGAAGUGCACGGAGUUGUUCCUGAACGAGCCUGUUGGCAUGAAAUGAUCCUAGGAAAGUCUGAGCUCAUGUGCAUGGGUUCUGAUGUAUGCCCUGUGCUGGUCCAUUUACGGGACUGUUGGACGGGAAUGCUUCUGACUGAUAGUUCGAAAGCAGGGUUUCUGUGCUUUAUCCAAACCAGCCGCGCAGCUCACCAGCUGCCCUAUGAGCAGUGGGUUCACAGAGGUCGCCUUCGUCCCUUUGCUCUACUCCUCCUGGGAAGCCCAUGAACCCCUUCAGCUUCCUGGUCGUCUUUUCCUUUCCAAGACUCACACAAUGUGCACUACUGUUUCCUUAAAAUGAAAAUGUUCCUUUUACCAAAAACAUUUGUCUUCAUUAAUCCUCUUCCCGAAGAGCCAUUUUACUGAAAGUACCGUGCUCUGCAGCCACACCAAGGGAGCAGUGAGGAGUGAGUGGUGACCGAGCUAGAAUGUCCACGUACUUACCCACCUUGCAGAGAGGGGUCACAGGCCUGUGUGUGGUGUGGUCGGUACCACUGCUCUGAAGUGCACCUCACACGUGGCAGCUUCCUAUGCACACAUACACUGCUUGCAGGCACAUCCCCGUAAGGAGCGUUCUCCAAAUGACUUAAAACUCUCCUGUCAGAAUUACCUCUUUUCCUCCAUCUGUCAACAGUGCUCCUCCGCACACAGGCACUUCCCUGUCUCCACCUUCACCUUCUGCCCCACUCACCAAAGUAAAAGACUGUGAACACAGAACUUCUCCAACACAAGUGAUGUAUCUUGAAAAACAGGUAAAGAAAAAGAAAGAGGAGGAGGCGAAAGAGGAGGGGACUCUGGCAGUCUAGAUCCUUGAAGGGCACUCACACUACCAGGCGAUCAGUUUCUGUGUAAGACGAUCUUCCAUGCCAGUGUUGGGCCUGGGGACGCACGGGAUGUCUUGAGGGCCCCCAAGCCCAGGAAACCCUUCUGAGCUGGAUCCUGGGGACGGAACUCCAGGAGGAAAGCAUGAAAAGCAGGGUUGCCCCUGGAGAACUUGACAGUAUCAGAGCUGCCCUACAUGUGGAGGCGGGGAGGGCAGGCCUCAGGCCCCUGGCCCAGCAGGUGGAGUGAACUCCAAACCACUGCCUGCAGGAAUUCAGAAGUGUCCCCACCCUGCACCAUAGCAAAUGUCCCCAGAACUCCUUCAGAUUAACGUCAACCAAAUACGAGCUCACAGAGACCACUGGCCAUGAAAGGAAACACACUCCGGUAAGAAUCAUAGGAACAAACAGAACAAAUUCAGACCCACAAAUUCACAUGACCAAUUCAGAACCUUAGAAAUUAGGUUUGAACUAUUAAAUAAAAAAGAUAAAAUUACAAAAAAUGAGCAAGUAAAAAGAGACUAUAAAUGAACAGGCAUAUUUGAAAAAUAUCCAAAUAGAACUUUCAUAAAUGAAAAAUACAACUUUGAAGUGAAGUCUUAAAAGGUGAGUCAGACAGAUUGCACACAGAUGAAGAGACAUUAACAACCUGGAGGCUGUAUUUAAAGAAAUUCCCAGAAUGUGAACAGAGAAAAGGAAAGGAAAAAAGUAUAUUAAAAAAAAUUAGAGAUGAAUUAUAGGAUGAGAAGGUUUGACAAAUAUCUCUUCAGAGUUCUGAGAGACUGAAAAGAAGAAGAAAUACUUAAAAUGGAAAGCUUGCUUGAGAAUUUUCAAGAAAGAACUCAUAAAAGUCAUGAAUCCACAAAACAUAUUCCACACGGAAUAAGGAAACGAAGCCCACCCUUAGAUGCAGGUCAACCCUUCCGUGCUUGACCACCCCUGCACACCCCUUUCUCUGCCGGAAACGUCACUGCCGCCGCCUUUCUGCACAAGUUGCCCCCUCUCUGCAUGUCCCUGACAGUGCACCCCCAGUAGCCCCAGGCGUCUGUUGCACUGGCCCAGCCCUCCCACUCACUUGCCAAGUCUGUUCUGUGGCCAGACAACUCAGACCACAGAUUCCAAGGGAAUCCACGGCCUCUCCCCACAGUGUUCCCUCUGCUUCCCUUCUCCUUGAUGUGCCAUCUCCCAGGGGCCAUUUUUGACUCCUUGUCUCACUAACCUGCCCACGAAGUGACAACACCUAUUGGGUAUAACUCAGAAAUUCUCCCUUUGACCACUGCCUUCUAUGGAGAUAACCUCAGAACUGGGAUACCUCUAGGUUCUCUCUGCCCUUAGCUGCAGCAUGGUCUAGAGCACACAUCAGAUAAGCUCAUACAUUUACUCAGUAACUUUUCACGACUACACACUGCCUACAAGAGGGGUUCUCAAACCUUGCUACACAUCAGAAUAACCUGGUGAGCAAAACUAUGCUCAGGUCCCAUCCAAAACCAAUUAAAUCAGAAUUUUGAGGGGGUGAGACAGUGGUUCCAGGGAUCAUUCAAACAUCCUAAUCGUGUUCCUUACAUUUUUGCCCCAAAGGAUUCUAUUAAAACCUCAGACAUGGCGGUCCUUAUGCCUAGAAUGCCCAUUUCCUCAAGUCAAAAUCCUACUCAUUGUCUUCUCCCAGGUAGGAUGUAGCAGGUAGAAACCAGCCAUUGCUUAUGCUGCAACUUGGGGGAAAAAAUGGAUAAUUUGCAUAUAUCAUGCAAAAGACAGUGAAGCGCUCUGUAAAGUCAGAAGACUGAAAAAAGGAAAAUUCCAGAGAGGAAGAGCUGUUCCGAGAUAAACCACCAUCCGUGGCCCCUUCCUCCCUAAGGCGUUCGGUGAGUCGGCGCAGCCUGAGCACGAGCUAGACAAAGAUGAGAGACUUGGCCAGAGUGGGGACCACCCACCUGUGUGCGCUGGGGGGACACCUGGGGAUGGAGGAGCCCCGAGAGCAGAGCUGCUUCUCCUCACAGGACAUUGGCUCAGUGCGAGGAAGUGUGCAGGUCCUGGGAACAUGGCCGAGCUUACAGGACAGCAUGAAAUCUCCUGCACUUUGAGGUGAUUAAUAAACUCCCACUAGAAGGACCUGCAGCAGCACAUAGGGUCUCAUUCUUGAAAAUUUGAAAACAGAAGGACUGGACCAGGUCCCAGACCCCAACACAGCUGUGCCCCCAAUCGGUUCUUGAUUGGCAGCGCUUCGUGCUGUGUGCCAGCUGAAGGGAGGCGGCCGAUCUCCCUCUGUACUUUCUAUAUACAGGAGGUCUGCCUACUGAUACAAAUGAUUGCAACAGCUCCACCAUUUUUGCAGAAGUCCAGGGGAGAGCACUGGACCUGGCUGGCCUGGGCAGAGGUGACAAAGGGGACCAAGAAGCGAGUCCCGAGAACCUUGCUGGGACAGCGCCUGGGAGGCAAGAGGGCUGUCUGCGGCACUGUGGAUCGGUGAGAUGAAGGGCUGUGGGUGAAACUGUAACAUUUCCAGAGUGUUUCGCCUGGCUUUGGUGCAUCUGCACGUCCUCAGGGGUGGAGAGAAGUUCAUCUCCACGUCAGUGGGUAAUUACCUGGGCCACCGAGGGUGUGUCUGAACCUGAGAGGUUAAGAGAAGGGGCUGGCUGGCUGGCUUGCUUCUUUUGGAGCAGAGGAGAGAGAAGGCCCUGGACUGCAGUUUGUAAGCAAUAAAAGGGUUUUAAACUUUA